AACCAAAAAUUUGUGAAAUGUUCUCCAGUUGGCUCUCACGAUGACCGAUCAACCGCCCUUGGUGCAAUGUUUGUUUAUGUUUGCAGUAAACAAUGCCAAGAAUGCAGAUUUUAGCACCGCGUAGUAAACAAUUGCAACAGCUGGACGUAUUGUAUGCAGCCAAUUUUAUUGUUCACUUUUCGUCCCUAAUGUGAUUGCGAUCAUGAGUAGCGUAGAUGAAAUCGAAGAUUUUUACGGCGUUUAUCUGUUGGUGAGCAAAAGCCCGAAUCCAAAGUUUGCCGGCCGCACGUACAUCGGGUACACGGUCGAUCCGAACCGCAGGAUAAAACAACACAACCGCGGUGAGGAUGCCGGCGGUGCAAGACGCACGUCCAACCGUGGCCCAUGGACGAUGGUCUUGAUUGUACACGGAUUUCCGAACAACAUAUCAGCACUACGGUUCGAGUGGGCCUGGCAGCAGCCACGCGUAUCCCGAAGGCUAAAACAGAUUCCAGAACUGCAGAAAAAGCUACGCAAGGAAUCCAACUUUGAGUACAAUUUUCGCAUACUUACCGAGAUGCUGAGAAUUGGGCCAUGGAACCGGUUGCCGCUCGUAAUACGCUGGUUUGCCGAUGAAUUCCACCGGGAGUUUGAGGUAGGAAAAAAGCCGCCCCUCCACAUGCCCAUCUGUUUUGGGCGAAUGAAAAAGAUCAAGCGCAAGCAGAAAAAGACAAACCCGGUGACCGGUGAAAGAGCAGCAAAAGAGCAGCUCGUGUCUAAUCGGGCUCGAAAGAGCAGUAAAAUAGCCAUCAAUUACGAUUUCGAUGAGUACGAUCUGCUUGUGAUGGGUGGUGAGAAAAUCGAUGAUGAUUCCAAUCCCGUCACAAAGGAAAAACCACUUACGUUGCCAGUAACAGAUGAGAGUGUGGUAAUUAGUUCCGAUUCGGAAAGCGACAACAACGAUGCGGAUGGGUCACAGUCGACAGCGACCGAUUGUACACUGUGUAACCGGUGGAUGGAUUUGGAGGAAAUGGAAGGACAGGGUGAUUUAAUUUUACGAUGCCUGCAGCCACGCUGCCCACUAGUUUGUCAUCUGGAAUGUUUAGCCGAGCGCAUUCUAGCACCAGGUCAGUACGUUCCCGUCGAGGGAGAUUGUCCCGUGUGCGAGGGACACUUCCUGUGGGGUGACAUAAUACGCAAAGCCAACGGGUGUUGCGAUUUGGUAGAUGAUGCGGAAAACGUUGACCCACUUGAGGUGGACGAUGUGUCCGAUGAUGAGGAGAAAUGUAGCUGAUGGCUGAUGGAGGCGUGCCUACCGAACGGUGGGAGUUUUACAGAUAAGUUUAAGUGAAGGAAGGAAUCUUUUACAAAUAAUAUAAUAAUAGAUUGUCUUAAAUAAACGUAACGGGAUUUAAUCCUGGUCCAUCGGUGACUUGGAGGUUAAGUGCUGGAGUGUCCUGACGCGAGCAGGAAGGAAUCUCAAA